UUUAUUGAUAUUAAUCGUCAGUGGUCGUUCAUACGCUAUACCUAUUCUGUUUUAAGAGCAAUUAAAAUUAAUAACACUUGUUCGUAUUUCUUAGAUACCUGUUGGCUUAUAUUUCAUUACCCUACGCGAUUACCUAUUUAUUUACUGUUUUAUUAUUUCGAGUGAAAAUUUACGACGUCAUAGAGAAGUAGUCUUUUUCCUAUUCUACAAUUAAUAUAUUAGUAUUUCUAUAAAAGUGGCGACAAUUAAAUUUUUCUGUUUUUCUGCACAUUAAAAAAUGUAUUUGAAAGAGAGUCUGAUAUUUUUAUCAGCUGUAAUUAUCGUAUCGGGCCAGUCAUAUGAAGACAAAAGAUGUAAGUGUGUAUGCCCGAGUCCAGCUGCCGUUCUGAAUAAUACAGCAGGAUCUGAUCGUCGACUGUACAUUGCAAAUGUACCACCAAAUAAAUGCAAUUGCGAUGGGGUGAUUUUGCCGCGUGUCGGAGCGGAUAUCAAAGGUCGUGAACAGGAAUUCUGUCCAAGAUGCGAGUGCAAAUAUGAAAAUAGAAAUACUACAAUAAUCAAGGUUGUGGUGAUUAUAGUGAUAUGGGUGAUAAUGCUUCUGGUAGUAUACAUGGGAUUCCUGAUUUGCCUUGAUCCACUCAUCAACAAGAGAGCUAAGGCAUCCUAUCAGGAACAUACUAACGAAGAUGAUGAAGGCACGCUGCCGGGUCCUUCGCAGCCCAUGGGAGCCCGCGGGAAUGUGUUAAACCGCGUCACUCAUCAGCAGGACAAGUGGAAGCGUCAGGUUCGAGAGCAGCGACGCAAUAUAUACGAUAGGCACACUAUGCUCAACUAGCUAACUUCCUUCUGGUACCACUAUAUUCAGUUACUACUGGACAAUCAUUAUGUACGCUUAAUAAUAACCAGUAUUAACUCGAGAGUUACAAAUUUUUGGAGAUUGAUUCUAAGGUUAAAACUGUAAAGUCCAUUUCCCAAAAUUUGCGGUUCAUCGGUUAAUUCAGAUUAUUAUUAAGCGUGCAGCUUAUGGUUUAAUCAAAAUUGUUAAAG